AACAGUACAUAAAGGAAUAUCUUACCAUGGAGAAGGAGGAGAUCCGUCUGAAGUGGGCGACGCGAGCCGCGGGUUACUUUUAUGUCCCCGCACAGGCAAAGGUCUAUUUUGUCACCCGUAUCCCCGAGGGCGGAUCACUCAUUAUAGGGCUCAUGCAGAUCAACAACGCUGCCUUCGUCAAGGUCACUAAGGCGACUAAGCAGAUGGUUCGUCUCGUUGAGGCUUAUGUGGCUGAACCAAACCUGAAGCCUGUUCGCCAAUCAAUCUACAAGCGCGGCUGUGACAAGAUCAACAAGCAGCGCAUUCCUCUGACCAACAACGCUGUGAUCGAGGAGUCGCUCGGCGAGUUCGGCAUUUUCUCUGUAGAGGGGCUCGUCCACAAGAUAUAUAUAGCGGCCCCAACCUUCAAAAAGGUACCUAUACCCUCGUACGCGUCGAACUUCCCCUGGCAAUUCAAGCUCUCGAACCCUACUGGUGGCUGGAGAACACGGAAGUUCAAGAAGUUCAAGCAGCUCGUUGAGGAUGGCGGCUUUGGCAACUGCGAGGAGAACAUAACAUAAACAAGCUCGUUCGGCAAAUGAAC